AUGAUCAGAAUGCCGGGAUGGAAGAGCGCUUUGUCUCAUCGUGAGGCGCCUCCACUACCGCUCGAAGGCUACCGUGUGCUGGACAUGACCCGAGUACUUGCAGGUCCUUAUUGCACGCAGAUACUAGGCGAUCUGGGAGCAGAGGUCAUCAAGGUGGAGCAUCCCGUGACCGGUGACGAUACCAGGGCAUGGGGGCCGCCGUUUGCCAAGUACGAGACGGGGUCCAGCCAAGAAGGACCCGGCGAGUCGGCAUAUUUCUUGGGUCGGAAGGAAGGGGUUGAGAUACUUCACAAGCUGGCCGCCGAAUGCGACAUUCUCGUGGAGAAUUACAAACCCAAUGCUCUCAAAAAGUACUCCAUGGAUUAUGAGACGCUGCGCAAGAUCAACCCCAGGCUCAUAUACACUUCCAUCACUGGCUACGGGCAGACGGGACCAUACUCGGAGCGCGCUGGCUACGAUGUCAUGGUCGAAGCGGAAUUUGGACUGAUGCACAUUACAGGCGAGAGAGACGGUCCGCCUGUCAAGGUCGGCGUAGCCGUCACAGACUUGACGACUGGGCUGUACGCCAGUAACAGUAUCAUGGCGGCGCUUCUGCAGAGGGCGCGCACUGGCAAAGGUCAGCAUAUCGACAUGGCGCUCAGCGACUGCCAGACCGCGACACUGGCGAACAUUGCUAGCAGCUGCCUCGUCACAGGCAAGAAGGACAGCGGGCCUUCCAUCGUCCCAUAUCGAGCUUUCAAAACCAAGGAUGGUGAUAUCCUCUUCGGCGGUGGCAACGAUCGUCUUUUCCGCAUCAUGUGCGACGGCUUGGGCAAGCCAGAGUGGAAAGAAGCACCUGCUUAUCUCACCAACGCUGCUCGUGUCGCCAACCGCGUCGAGCUUGAACAAAAGAUCGAGGCUAUCACUGUAGAGAAGACCACGGACGAGUGGUUGCACGUCUUCGAAGGAAAGGGUAUGCCUUACGCGCCGAUAAAUGAUGUGCAGACUGCUCUCGAGCACAGUCACACAAAGGCGCGGAACAUGGUCGUCGAGGUGCAGCACGAUAGUUGUGGGCAGAUGUCGUUGGUGAACACGCCGAUGAAAAUGUCGGGUUGCGCGCCAGGCGUUCGGACGCCGCCACCUAGUUUGGGUCAGCACACCGAUGAGGUCCUUGAGGACUUGGGCUUGAGCAAUGCGCCUAGCAUUUUGGUAGAAGAUGAUGAUUCGAUUCUUCAAUCGACACCAUCCGAUGAGAUGCCUAUUGCGCUAAGUGCUGGCCAACUAGCUGGCGCUCCGGGCGCCUCCCAAGGGCCAUCGUAUGACACGCAAUUCUCCAGCACUACUUCGCUUAUCCUCGAGCGCAUUAAGAACAAGAGCUUCAAUGCCGGCCUCUCCGACGCCUCGACCAAGCUGUCAACUCCGGACAGGGAGGCUUUUGAGGAUGCGAAGUCGAGGUUGAUGCGAGACAUGAACACCACCGUCACGCUUUCGACACCCGACCGAACGACACCGUCGCAGACACCCCAGAUACCGCCUUCCAUCGAGACACUGAGUUUGAGAAACGAGCUCGAGAGAGCCAAGAACAACCUUGAGCAGAAUGAGAGGAAGAGAGAGGCAGCGUAUGCGCAAAGAGGACCGGAUUUCAGUACACAAGCAUCGGUCGACCUACCGACAAGGUUGAUUCCCAAGCCAAGGCGGCAUCCCGCCACGGGCAAACCAUUCGUGUCACUGGAAGACAUUGACAGAAAGGAGAAGAUUGAGCGCAUUCGGAAAAAGAGGCUCGCCUCUUUGCCUGAGGGUGCCACCCCGGCGAGACCAAACAUCGUCGGGUUCGAAGCCGGGGGAGCAUCGACGCAUGCUCGGAGGCAGUACUUCUCACGCAUGGCAAGCGACGAUAUGCUUUCCGUCCUCUCCUUCUGCGAUCGUCUUCGGCCUCAACUGCUGACCGAUGUAAUGGUCUCUAUUUCCAAACAACAUCCCGAUCUACCCAUUUUCAGCUCACCGACCUGGAAUGACGGAAUUCCCGAGCCUCCGCCGCCGCCCAUGAGCGCGGCGCAGAAGUACCAGAAACGCGAACAAAUCCGACCGCGAGCCGGGCCGAGCCUGCUGAACUCCAAAGCCAAGCAGAAGAUCAAGGGAGAUGAGCCCGCAGCGGAAGAGGUGGAGGAGGAUCCGUUGCCGCCGUCCUGGCCCAAGCCAGGGGAGGGUCUGUAUGCGAAACUGGCGUCCGAGCUAGAGGACAGGGCCUUUCUUGUGGACGACAACGAUGAAGAAUCAUUUAGUCACUUCAUGGUCGACAAGCUGGGGCGUCAGAUCAUUGAGCCGUGGCGCAACGAUCAGCGCCAAUCCUCAUACAAUCUGUACAACUAG